AUGGUACGACCAAUGUUUAAUAUCGAACGACAAUUGGUGAACUAUAUUUUUACUGUGUUGACUAUAUCUUACCAAUUUCUGCGCAUUAUCGCCAACGAAGCGGAUCUAGCCAACGUUGAACUCUUUACCAACGAAGAUUGCGCGCAAAUCACAGCCAAUGGCACUUGCAACUGCUAUCGGAAUAAGCACAACUCGACCAUUAUCGAGUGUGCUGCGACACAAGUACACAUCUCCAUAAACGCUGAGAACAUCGUAGAGCUCACUUGCGCAGGUGAACUGAAACCAGAGUUGCUAAGCAGCUUACCGCGACUGGAUCCACUACGUGAAACUAAGUAUAUCGCCAUAUACAACUGCUUGCCUUUCGCCGAUUUGUUGGACCAGUUGGCACUCACGUCCAGGCAAACAUUGCAAGUAAAUGGUCUAGCGGGGAUAGCGCAGAUUACUCUCGAUACCUUUGGCCGCGCCAAUCAAUGUUUGCGGAAGAUUACAAUGCUGGAAUUGCGCGCAGACUCCCAGCGAUCAGCACGGCGCGAUUUGCCACACGUAGCCCAAGAGCUUUCUUCGGAUAUACUAAGUCCAAUGCCAGCACUGUUUCGCCUUUUUAUAGACUUGAACUUCACGCGUUUGCCAGCUGAUCUACUCAAGCCAGUGCCGUACAUAAACGAUAUCACACUGCAGGGUCGAUUGGAGGAAUUUCCGCGUGCAACAUUUGUGCCUCUACGGCGCUUACGUGAACUCUCUAUGCGCCAACACCGACUGCACAAUCGUCUGCGCGAGGAUGACUUUAGCGGUUUGACAACAGUUAGAGGACUUUAUUUGACCAAUUGUAGCAUUCAGGAGUUGCCGGCGCGUAUCUUUACACCUUUGAAGCUCUUACAGCGGCUCAAUUUGAUGAACAACCAGCUGUACGAACUGCCGACUGCACUACUGGCGCAGCAACAGCGCUUGCAAGUGUUAAAUUUGAGCGGAAAUCUGUUGGAAGCAUUGCCGUUGGGCCUUUUUGCAGCGACUACCAAACUUUUUAAGCUGAUUUUGAGUCGCAAUCGGUUGCAGCACUUGGACGCCAAAAUACUGCCACCUCUGACCGCAAUCAUCGACCUUUCGGUAGACAACAAUCAGCUGCGCACAAUCGAGGCGGGCACUUUUGCGCAACCGAAUCGCUUGCAAGGGCUCGACUUGCGAAAUAACCAACUCGACUGGAUGGCUGGUGAGGACUGCGCCAUCUUUGAUGGGUUGCAUCGCUUGGAACGUCUGCUGCUGAGCAACAAUUCACUGCGUUACCUUUGCGAUCAGCUGGGCUCCAGCAAUCAUUCAACCAGCGCGCUAUCGGUGCUCGACGUGCGUCAAAAUAAACUAAAGCUGAUCAGCCCACAGCUGAUAAGUACACUAAAUACAAGUGCAACGAUAACGACCGCUUAUCUUUCGGAGAACCCAUGGGCUUGCAACUGCAGCGCCCAACCACUGCUCAACUUCGUCAAGAAUAAUCGCAAACGUUUGAGCGAUGCGCGCGUGAUGCGUUGCGAGAAUUCGCAGCUGGCACGCUUAAUUGAAUUAUCCUUUCGUGACUUUUGUCUGCCAGAGAUCGGCGUGCGUACAGUGUUGGUAGUCAUACUUGUAUGCAUGACCGCAUUGGGACUAGUGCUCACCACAACAGCGCUCUGUUAUUACAAAUAUCAUAUGGAAUUGAAAAUUUGGCUAUAUGCGCAUCGUCUAUGCCUUUGCUGUGUGAGCGAAAAAGAUGUCGAUCGUGAUCGCAAAUGGGAUGCUUUCAUUUCGUAUUCACAUCACGAUGAGCAAUUCGUGGAGAAGGAGCUGGUGCCGGGCUUGGAGCAGGGCCCGCCAACUUUCAAGGUUUGCAUACACGUGCGCGAUUGGCUUGCCGGCGCUUACAUACCCGAGCAGAUCAUUGACUCUGUAGAGCAAUCGCGUCGUACGAUCAUUGUGCUAUCACAGCAUUUUAUUGAAUCAGACUGGGCGCAGAUGGAAUUUCGCACAGCUCAUCAGUGCGCCGUGAAUGAGGGACGUUCGCGUAUCAUUCUUGUGGUUUAUGGUGAAAUUAAAGAUACAGAGCUGCUGGAUCAAGAGCUGAGAGCCUAUUUGAAGAUGAACACCUACCUGAAGUGGGGUGAUCCAUGGUUUUGGAGGAAACUGCGCUACGCAAUGCCACAUGCGCGAAGCGGGAGAUGGAAACUUAAAGGAGAUGUCAGCGAAGUGGAGAACAAUGAAGGCCCUUUGGAGUUUAUGGGGAGCGCAUGA